UGUAAGCGAUCGAUCGUGGAACGUCUUGUACAAAGGUGUGCCGGGGUGUAUGUACAUAACUUAUUAUCAAAUACUGACAGCUACAUUUUCUAAAGCUGUUCAAUGCUAUGCUGUUUAAAUGAGGAUUAUUAAUCCCCCGGAGGAGUUUUUUGGAAUCAACGAUCUUGCUCUGAGACCAUGAUUUUGGCGCGAAGAUCUAGUCCAAGUUAAUUAAGAUCAAUGUUGUAAUUGUCAAGGUCUAUAUCUUAAAUUCUGACAUUUAUGGAAACUGGUUUUGAAUUUUAAACCACACAUCUGAGUUCGAGAUGACGAGAUAAGAAACAAAACCAGAUCUAUCUUGGAGUGAUCUUGAGAACUUAACAGUUGAGUUAGUCGAUAAAAAUGGAGUCAAAGGAGGAGGAAGUUUCAACACCUUUAACAAAUGGAGUUGACCAUUCCGAAAAUGCCACCCCUGAAACCCCAGAAAAGAAACUUUCUGACCCGAUCGCUGAAUGUUUCAUUUGCAAAAAUGUUUACAACGUGCCCAAAGUGCUACCAUGUUUCCACAGUUUUUGUUGCCAAUGUUUAGAGGACCAUAUUUCUAAGUCAUUGAAUCAAAAUGGACAGAGACAUUUUGCAUGCCCAAUGUGCGAAGAGAAAUGUGAAAUUCCUUCGGGUGCGCUACCAGGACAGUGUGCACACGCUUUUCAAGACGACCUCUUUCUAACAAAGCUAGUGGAGUUACAAAGUGCAAUGUGUGAAGGCAAAGAAUGUGAUAUUUGUGAAAGGAGAGAAGAAAAUACACCAGCAUCACACUGGUGUAUGGACUGCAAUGAUGCCCUUUGUGAGGUAUGUCUUAAAGUUCACCUUCAUGGGAAAACAACAGCCGGACACUCUUGUCUAGCUAUUGCAGAAAUGAGAAAAAUUCCUCUGGAAACUUUGAUGAAGCAAAAGAACAAAGUUCCCUGCUCAAAGCACAGUGAACUUAUCACUCUGUUCUGCGUCGACUGUCGAGAACCCCUCUGUGUUCAAUGUAUGGCUGUGUCCCAUCGAAGAUGUGAAAACGUUAUCACCGUUGCAGACGCUUUAACUUCCAGGACAGAUGUCAACGACGUCAUCACAAGACUCCAAAAGUUACAAAUGACCGUAGAGAAUGCUGGUGGAAUAGGACAGCCAGAUAGAACAUUAGAAAGUAGUAUCCAUGAAGCUCAAGAAAGAGUAAAUACCGUCUGCGAUUCCAUUUGUAACAGAGUUCGCCAGUAUCAAUCAGUUCUAUUAAAGAAUCUCCAGCUGCAGGCAGAAAAGGCUAAAGGGCUUUUACAAGAUCGCAUCGAACCAAGAAAAUCAGGGUUGAAAUCAAUCAAAGCUGCGAAUGACAGGAUGCAGACAAUUUUACGCUACGGAAGCGAUGUGGAGAUACUGCUAGCAUAUAACCAAGUACGAAAAAAGCUAGAUUCUUGCCAGGGUGCCAUUGGUAACACGGAACAAAAAGGUCCCUCCGUUCGACUAGAAUUCAUCUUGGAUGAAACAGUAGAACGUUUUGUCGAAAGCUUUGACAGACUUGGAGAUCUAAUGGUGGAUGAGGGAGAUUCUGACGAAGGAAUUAGUUCGUGGGGUGUCACUUGUACGUCAUCAGACGACAUUAUUGUUACAGACUGCAAGAACAAACGCAUUCAGAAGUUCAGUAAGUUCGGGGAUUUAGUUGAUUAUGUACAGCUAGAGGACGAGCCAAGGGAUAUCACUACUUGCGGAAACCGAGAUGAUGUUGCCAUUACAAUGAUAGGCAAGCUAGUCAUCUUCCUCGCCACACGAAAAACCAUGCAGCUGAUCAAACGCGCAAAGACCGAACGACAAUACGAUGGAAUUUCUUACUCCGAAAAAGACGCCUUUCUGAUUGUCUCGUCAGUGCGCGACCAGAUAGUUGAUAUAAUACACCUAGAUGGGAGCAUCUUGCGCUCGUUUGGGGGUGGAGCAGGUGAUCGGGUACUUUUCAACGAGCCGCGAUAUGUCUCAGCAACACCAGAUCGAACUGUCAUCGUUUCAGAUGUCGGCCAAAACGCCGUUAUCUGCAUAGACCACACUGGAAGGGUCGUUUUCCGGUACAAACCAGAUGGUCAAAAUAGCCUGAAGAAACCACAGGGCGCAUGCGUGGACAAGCUUGGGAACCUUUUUGUAGCAGAUUUCGGUAACAAUCGCGUACAAUUGCUGGCCAGUGAUGGCAUUUUUCAGAGACAUGUACUUGGAAUAGAGAGCGCGUUGGAAAAACCCGUGGCAAUACGAGUAAGCGGAAGCAAUCGGAUGGUCAUAGUUCAGAGUGAUGGGAUGGUUAAGGUGUUUAGCUAUUCAUAAGCCAAUAUUCUAGAGAAUUUUUACAGCACAAUAUGCCAGUAGUAAAAGAGGUACAGCUCUUAUGUCAAUAUUUUUAAUUGCUUUACAAUGCCAAAAGUCGAAGAUAUUACGCAAACAAACAAAAUUCACUUCAGCAAAGGUACAUGUAUCUGGGUGAAUAGAUAAGAUUCAUUGCAAUUUCUUAAUUCAUUUUACCUACAAAAUCUUAUCAAAUAAUAUCUUACUUUAAAGAGCUUAUGCCGAUAACCUUAUACUUUACUACCUCCUGCACGCUCCGAAUAGAAAUGUGAAAUGAUAUAUCUUAUUAAAGAAAAUUUAAUCGCAUAUUUAACGUUUCCUUUGGAGAUUUAAACGCAUAUUUUAGUCCAUAAGAUUAGAUGUAAUCUCCUUCUCGUAAUCUUUGCCAGCCUUUCAAGUUCAGUGAAAUUAUCUCCUGCUGGUCGUUUUAUUAAUCAGAAAUCCUAAACGUAAUCUUGCCAUAACUUUCAGUGUACCUCCCAAAUGAAGUGAUUCACUGUAUUACUGCGAAGGCCCAUUUAUAUUCUUUCCAUUACUCCACACUUCCAUUGUGUUUUAUACUCGUUCUUAUAUUCAAGUACAUCGUAUAAAAUAUUCUACGCAAUCAAUGCUACUACAUGUUGUUUAAAAAAAAAAAAAAGGAAGUCAAUUUUUCUUAUAUAUCAAAAAUGUCCUUUAGGAUUUGAUAUCCAGUUCACAAACCACAAUAGAGUGCAUUAUCUUUAUCCGUCCAAAGUAAAGAAAAAAAAGCAUUAUAAUUAGAUUUUUUUUUUACAAACUUCACGUUAUUCUUAUAUCAAUGCACUGUUUGCUUUGUAAAGUUUUAUAAUGUAAAAUUUAUUUAUAUACGACUAUGACAUGUAUUGCGAAUAA